AUGAUGAACCACUGUCUACUAGUGCUUCGUCAAUUACACAGAGAUCGAGAUAUUUGUCCACAGAAGCUUUGGAUAGUGUAUCAUAAACUGGGUCUCAACAAAGGAAACGCAAAGAAAAUGAUCCAAAUCGAAGAAGACAAAAUUAAAGUGUUUAAAGAGAAAGACAAAGAAGCUGAGGAUGAAGAUAUCCUAUUUUUGAAAUCGCUUGCUCCAUAUUUUAAAUAUUUGAAUCCAGUACAAAAAUUAAGAUUAAAAAGUAAAUUACAGAAUACAAUAGCAGACGAAAUUUCUCUAGCUAUGCCAUCGCCCCCUUCCAACUCUUCAGCUACUAUGUCAAUGUCAAUCAUACCCCCACCAGUGCACGCUCUAGCUAUGCCAUCACCCGCUUCCAACUCUUCAAUGCCAAUCAUACCUCCCCAGUGCACGCAUCCUCAUCAUUGACAUCACCGACACAGGCCCGGCAAUUCUACGAAACAUGUAUCGAUGAGGAAAACUACACUAACUACUAAACUAGAAUUUAAAAUGCGACGUAAUUUUGCUGGCAUAAGUAGUGCUUUAUGUACUCUGUUGCGCAUUAAACCGACGUAAUUACUACGUACAGAACGAAAUGUACAAAAUAAAUAUAAUGAAUACAUAUUUUUUUGUGUUUCAUUUAAAAAUAUAAGACUAUUUAGUGAUAUGGC